AUGAAGUUCAACACCGUCGCUACUACUCUGGCCGCUGCCACCACUGCCAUCGCGGCUCCCAACACUGCCAAGCGCGAUCUCUACCCCAUCUCUCUGACCGAUCUCGCCGCAAGCUACUACGACCAAAUCAAGCCCGAGACCACCAUCGUCAACUUCAAAUUGAGCGACCCCAACACUAAGAUUGAUACCACCUGCGAUGCAAACUGGUCUGUCGGCGAAGCCGCAACCUUGAAGUUCAACUGCUCCGACCCAACCUACCAAGUGAGCUUCCCGAACGGCAUCUACAAUGUCGAGGACUUUAUGAUUGAGAUCUCGCGCCCUGAUGGCUCCGAGUCUGGCAAGGCUCGUGCCUAUGGCAAUUCCUGGAAGUGCGAGAAACAUGAUGGAUACCCAUCGGAGACAUGCAGCUGGGAUGGUGUUUUCCAUGUUGGUGUCAGCAAGUGA